AUGGUGGAUGUAUUAUCCAAUUCAGAAACUUUUAUGCAAAAUGUUAGACGUAUUUUUGCCGGAAACACAAGCGAUAAAGGCGAAUGGCCCAUGGUCAGCAGUUACUUUUGCCCGCUCCUGAUGCUCGUCCUAUGGAUAAUCACACUAUUUAUUUUAGUUUGUGUAUGCGUGUGCUGCAAGCUCGUGAAAUCGGAAACGUUCACCAGAUACGACUCAAACAGCAUUGAGAUGCAGGAUGUUCAUAUCCUGGAGCCCACAUUCAAACAUUACAAAGGAUGUGCGUGCUUGGAGUGCCUGCAUCGUCAGUUGGCCAAGGAAUUGGAUCUGAAAAGUGCAAACUAAGGAAACUAAGAAUUAUGUUAAAUGGCGUACAAAAUGUACGUUUAUUGUAGGUAAUAACUACAAAUAUUUAAGGAAGAACAUAGCCUUAUAUCGCUUUGGUUUUUUAAUUAAAAUCUACUUAUGAGAUUUGUCUUUCUUUUAAGGAGAUUUAAA